AGUACUAUUUUGUUUUCAUCCUUGUUAGCAAUUUACAGAGUAGUGGAGACUCACGAUAUGGUGAGGUAAACAGUUUUUAUUAACCACAUGCGGCGAUGCAGAUACACAAGCAACGUCCUCCAUCUUCUCAAACUUUUCGUCAAUCAAAAUUUCUCGCAAACACGAUGUAUGCUUGACAAAAAAGUCAAACAGCACCAAACACGGUCUAGUAAUUGGCCAAAAUAGUUUCACCGCUUGUUUUAUCGUUUACGGGGUCCUUAAGUGAGGGAAAUUGGUUGGUGAGAGUAUCAAUGUGCAAGUUUUCAGUGCCUGUGGGAAUACAGUGUGAAAGAUGCUCCUCCUCGUCGCAAAUCUUGCUGAUGCCACUGUAGUAGGCUGUGAGUCGUGAUAUCUUUAGUUACUCUAUGUUCUUUGUAGUGUUUCUGCUAGUGGAGCAGACGACAUAUAGAAUUCAAAUAGUGAAGUAAAAAGACAUUAUGCCGAAUAUAAUUAACGACGUAAAGCUCGACUUCAAAGAUGUAUUGUUGCGACCGAAAAGAAGCACUUUGCGAAGUCGUUCCGACGUUAAUUUGUUUCGUGAAAUAACAUUCAGAAACUCCAAACAGUCAUAUAAAGGCAUACCUCUUAUUGCUUCGAAUAUGGAUACGAUCGGCACAUUUGAAAUGGCAAAGGCGAUCUCGAAGCAUGGACUUUUUACAACAAUACAUAAGUACUAUACUUUGGAACAAUGGAAAGAAUUUGCACAAAACAAUACAGAAUGUCUUCCAUAUAUUGCUGCCAGUUCUGGAACUGGAGAAGAUGAUUUUGAACGCUUAAAACAAAUUUUAACAGAAAUACCUGCAGUGAAGUUCAUAUGUAUUGAUGUCGCCAAUGGCUAUUCUCAGCACUUUGUGGAAUAUGUGAGGAAAGUUAGAGCUGCAUUUCCUGCACACACAAUAAUUGCUGGUAAUGUAGUAACUGGAGAAAUGGUUGAGGAAUUGAUACUCUCAGGUGCUGAUGUUAUAAAAGUUGGCAUAGGUCCAGGAUCAGUGUGCACAACACGUAUAAAAACAGGUGUAGGCUAUCCUCAACUGAGUGCUGUAAUUGAAUGUGCUGAUGCUGCCCAUGGCUUGCAAGGGCAUAUAAUCUCUGAUGGAGGCUGCACUUGUCCAGGUGAUGUAGCGAAGGCAUUUGGUGCUGGAGCAGAUUUUGUAAUGAUGGGGGGAAUGUUUGCUGGCCAUGAUCAGUGUGGUGGUGAAACAAUUCAGCGAAAUGGGAAGAAAUACAAGCUUUUCUAUGGAAUGUCUUCUAGCACUGCAAUGGACAAACAUGCUGGAGGGGUAGCUGAAUACAGAGCAUCUGAAGGAAAAACAGUGGAAGUGCCAUACCGAGGAGAUGUGGAGUCAACGGUCUUAGACAUACUGGGUGGCUUGCGUUCUGCUUGUACCUACACAGGUGCUGCUAAACUAAAGGAAUUGCCUCGUCGAGCAACUUUUAUUCGUUGCACACAGCAAGUAAAUCAAGUGUAUGAUGGUGUAACUAAGGGUGACUAAUGUUCCUGAAAAUUAGGUCUAAAUUUUCAUUCCAUUGACACACAAUUUGUGCCUCUGCUUCUUUGUAUGAUACUGCUUGUGAAGCACCCUUCACUAAAACACUAAGAGAGACAGAGACCACCUCUCAUUUGUCUCCCAUAAUCACUCGAACUAAGCACAAUUUGCUUAGCAAUUAUUUAUCUUAGAAGAAUAAAAUUCUACAAAUACUUACGUUUGCAGGAUUUCUCUAUGAAAAAUAUAGAUAUUGAUUAACUUUAAUUAAUCAACUAUGAUGUCUCAUCUAAACGUAUUAAAAUUUUACCCUUGUUGAAGAUAGUCUGAUGUAGAAACCAAAAAAAUACUUGAACAUUUUCAGUCAGUUAAUACAAUUUUGGUUGAAUUAUCAUUGGUCUCCACUGCUUACCUUCCUCAAUUAGACUCAACUCUGUUAAUAAUAAUAAUAGAACUGUAAAUUCUUAAUUAGCAAAGUACUUAAAGUACAGCUUCAAAUGCCUCUUCAAUCUGCAUAUCCAGGUGCAGGAACUAUUCAAUUUAUUUUCUGUCACCCUUUUGCUGUGUUAAUGUUAGGGCUGCAGUUCAGCAGGCAGAUGAGGGUUGAAGGGGUAUGUCGAGUGGAGUGGGUAAAUGGAAGUGUAAAUCUGAGGUAUACCCAAUGGUGAAAUGACAACUGUUUUUGUGAUGCACCCUUUAUGUAGUAGACUACAUACAAAUGAAGUAUAUUCAAAGAUCCGACUAUUGUUUCAGUUUUAUUUAUUUAUUUAUUUAUUUGUGGAGGAAGUCCUUGCAGUAUAACAACUCAAGACAAUAAAGGACAGUUUACAACAUUUCAACUCAGCUCAGAACCAUCACUUGUAAGAGAGCUUACAGACACUAAUCUAUUUUGCAUUUAUGACAGUGUUUAUCUGUAUGCAGAUUUGCUUAAGCCUUUUUAUUGUAAUAUUCCUUCUGCACUAUUUAUUCUCCAAAUACCUUUGGCCAAAAAAAGAAAUUAAUGUAAGAUAUUGCUCAUUUUCAUUGUUAUUGAACCUGAGUACACGUACCAUUCUUCGAGGAUUUUAGUGUACGUUAAACUUCCAAAAAUGUCUUAUUUUUUGUCAUGAGUCUCAAAAUUUGUGUCUUACAUAGCAACGCAACUCUGUAAGUACCUUUUAUAAAUCAUCUACAGUUGCCAACAUGCAGAUUGUAGGUUCUGCACAUUGUGAUAGAUGCUUCAUUACCAGUAUAAAUAAGCAUAACAUAUGGCAGACAUUAUCAAUGUUUUUAAAUUACACUCCUUAUGCAUAAUAAUACUUAAAAAUCUAGUCAAUACUACUAAAUACCACCUGUCCUCUUCGCAUUGGCUCAUACUUGAUCAAAUAUUACAAGUUCACCACCUGACUUAUUGCAAAUACAAAUGCUCUUCUCUCAAACUGUUAGUGUUCUCCCUUCAUUCAGUAGCACAUUGUUUGAAUGAUGAUACAGUUUGCCAGCCUUUGCAUUUGAAUUUUACGGAUUAAUAGUUAAAUGCUUUAAGAUGACCCAUAAAAAAUACAAACAUAGAUGUUUCAUUCGUCAAAUUAGAAUGCUGAGCUUGUCCAAAUACGAGAUUAAUCUGUUGUACAUAAGCGUUUCACUAAUUAUUUGGUAAAAGUUUCAUAUUGGACAUCCCCUCCCCCCCCCCCCCCCCCCAAAGCGUAUUUCAGUAGGACACAAAUAUUAAUAUUAGGCUUUGUUACAGGACAAUUUGUUACCACAACCAGAUUUUACUGAUUUCACAUUCACUGGCUUUGCCAACUCACAACCAAAUAAUCAACUUCCAACCUAACCUAGACCGUAUGCUAAAUUACAGAUCAGUCUGUUUUUUGGGUGGGGGUGAGUUCCAAUAAUAAAUUAUUUGCGUCUUAGCUUGUUUUAUAUCUAACCGUGCUGACAGUUUCCUUACAAGUAUACAGACACAAUGCACAACAUUAGUGGAUAGGACCCAAUAUAAAAUGUACAACUUUCACAAUACUGCUCAAGUUGGUGUGCCUCAAUGGUACAGAAGAUAGGCGCAGGUAUUUUCUGUACCAACUUCAUCAAGCACCCAGACCAGGGCAACAAGAAGUGUUUAAAAACUUUCCAUGCAUAUAAAUAGAAUUAAAAACAAAAUAGAAUGUUCUUGUAUUUCCAAAGAAAUAAAGCAACCCUGCAGCAUCAUAUUAAACAAUUUUGCAUAGCUAUAUUUCAGUUAGCAAGACAAUACUUUAUAUCACUGGCUACCAAUAGCACGCUGUCAAUAACAUUGUAUCAACUUAUAGCUGAAAAGACAGUUAUAUUUAAUUACAUGUGAGUUGAUUAUCUGUUUCAAAAAUGUUGUCAUGUUUUUGAUUAUCAGUAAUGUGACUUGUAGUAAAACUAAUAAAAACACCCUGCUGCACA